GACCUGCGGCAGUCGACAAAUCUCCUAACUCAUUCACCUCAUUCACUCGCACGCCUCGGCUGCCUCUCUCUCUGCCUGUCUCUCUCUCUCUGGAACGAUUGCAUUGUUGGCUUGUUCUUGCGAUUUCGAGAACUCUGCCGCCUGGUGCAGCGAUCAGAUCUCUGCCGCCCAGUGCAGCUACCGUCGAUUGUUCAGAAAGAUUUUUGUUUAUUUAUUGGUGAUCAGCGGAGAUCAGCACUUGAUCUUUCCCAGAUCUCGAUCGAUUGAUUUGGUCACCCGAUGGCGAUACCGAAUGCGGAGGGGGAUUUGGUGGCCAGUGAAAGGAAGCUGAAUAAGAUCGAUCACGAUUGGGGACAAUCUCUGAAAAAGUGGCGCACGGAAAAAGAGCAGAAAGUCUAUACAUCUAAGCUACUUGAUACCCUCCGCCGGGUCCGCUCCUCGACACCGGCGACUCAUGGCCUCCGUCGGAGCCGUGUUAUACGGGAGGCAGCAGAUCGGUGUUUGGCUGUUGCAGCACGAGGCCGAACACGGUGGAGCCGCGCUAUUCUUUCUAACCGGAAACUAUUUCUCAAGCGUCGACGGCCACCUUCCUCAUCCUUGCAAUCUACUUUCUACACCGCUGUAUCUAGAUCAAAGAAGAAGAACUCGCCGAUCCUAGUGGGAAAGGCUGCUUUUCUAGGCCGUCUUGUUCCUGGCGGCCGGAAACUUUCAUUUCCAAUGCUGCUCGUGGAGGCGUCAGACUACAUCGCCGCGCUGCAGAUGCAGGUCCGCGCUAUGAGCGCUCUAACCACCGUUCUCUCAGCUUCUGGCAAAACCUUAGCGGAAUCAGAUGGCUUUUCUCUCUGAUACCGGUUCUCCAUUCUCGGUUGCAGCUGGCAACCUUCCCCUAAUUCUCCACCUCUGUUCACCUUCCUCUUUCUUUAUUUCUCCGAUUCUUACAACUUGUAGUAUGCUGUAAAAAAAUGUUUCGACUAGAUUGCAUUGUGGUAAAUGCAGCAAGCCGAUUCUCUAAUGCCAUGGGCUGAUGGGCGUGGUAUUGGAGUCAAAAACCGUUCCGAGCUCUGCUACUCAAUAAUUAUGCUCUAUUUGAUUUAUCUGUUCUUUUUUUAAGAACCUGUUAAUUCUAAGAUUUAAUUUUCAAUUUUCAAACAAUGCUUAAAUCCU